ACUCUUGCUUCCCCGCGUUCACCACCGGACCAGAACAAGCCCCUUCCUCCUCCGCCGCCGAACCCGGGCUCUGAGCCAGACAAUGCCAGCUCGUCCCCGUCAAAGCCAAAGCCCUCGCCCGUUCUGAAGUUGGAUAGAAUCAUGGCCACUCUUACCGAGUCUGAGAUUGAGAAGCUCUUCUCGGGCGCACCCCAGUACUUUGCCCGCAGCGAGGGUCAUUGCUCUGGCGCACCCAAUCCCAGUGUCGCCUUUCCCUUUGACGAAGCAUUGGAGAUCCGCGACUUGACCGACCACGUCCAGAUCGAGGACAGGGCCUGGAGCGGUCUCACUGCAUGGCCUCAUCUCACCCGCGAUCUCAAUCAUGAUGCCGUCGCCCAGAAGAAGGCCGUCGAGUCCCGCAAGGCCCACUUCUUCAUCCGCUGCCGGGAACGCCCCAAUAUGCUAAGCAUGCAGGGCCUCGAGAAGGGAACCAUGGGUUACUCGGCUGCCCUUGAGCUCGCUGUCGGUGAUUCUCUCCAGGAAGAGCAAUGGGGUUUUGACAGCGUCGGCAAAAAGGCUCAGGCCAUUGUCGAGGCACGCGAGCGUAUGCUUUCCCCGCUGGGGUACUUGCGCCGCCUCCCCGAGUCAGAGAUCCUCGACCGCAUCAAGCGCAAUGGCGAGUUGUAUCGCGUCAAUGAUCUCCGCAAGAAGACGACUGUCCAAACGUACCAGGACCUAUUUCACACUUUUAUGCGUCCUGUCAAUUCUGUCGUCGACAAGCGCGACCAUUACAGUCUGACCAACCAGAUCAAUGCCCUCCUCAAGUGUCUGGGUACUGCCAAUGUCUGGUUUGACUUUACCCAUGUUGAGUGGAGGAUCAGGUUAGGUCAGAUCCUCUGGGGAGGUGCCGACAACGAUGACCUUGACGAUGCCUCCUCCAUUCACGAUGCUACUAGUGCUAGUGAGCGUGCUGAGGAGAAAUACUGGCUUCUCAUGCAGAUUCUCGUUGCUACCGAAUUGCUCAUCCGAUUAGACGCCAUCACCGAGGGCGAGGAGUAUGGCGUCGAAGCUUUCCGCCCCAUUGACGUCGUUCACUUUGAAAGGGCUGCCACCCCCAUGGUCAAGUGGUCGUUGCAUCUUGCCCGAAGCUGGCUUGAGAAUGUCGAGAUUGAAAAGGCCGAGGAUUCUACCCCAAAGGGAACCGUUACCCCUCCCGGAUCAUCGUCAGGCUGGCUUGGAUCGUUGGUCAGCAAGUUCACCUUCCGCCAACGCCAGGAGGAGGCCACGCCCACCUCAAACUAUAGUUAUACCAUUAAGGGCCGUCACUCACAGCAACAAGUCGAGGGUCUCACCCAUUUCGCAAAGAAGAUCCACUGGCCCGGCAUCGAUACCUACGAAGGCCUCAUUGCGAAGAGCGCCCGUCAGUCAAUGGGCAUUGCGCCAUCUCCUGCGCUUGUCAAGACUCCCAAGGAAAAUGGCUCUAAGCGAGCAUCGUACUUCGGGGCAUGGGACCGACCGGCUGGCGAGAAGAACGUCAACAAGCCCCAGCCUCAGCGACGAAAGCUCGCUGCUGCUCUACACUCCUCGGGAUGGCUUUCCAAAUCAUACAUCUUUGGAUUGAUGCUUCCAGGUGAGGGCGUGUAUCAUUUCUUGAUGGCUACCCUCCUCGAGAAUGAUAAGAAUGCCAUGGCAAAGCUGGGCCCGUUUGCCAAUCUGUGUGGCGGCUUUGUGUACUCUGGCAAGAGUUUCUGGAGCACGUCUUGCAUUGUUGGCCGAGUUAUUGCAGCUGGCAAGGGAUCAGCCGAGUGCAUGGGAUGGGUCUCUAGCGACAUUCUGCCCCUUGGUCUCGAUGAGGGCUGGGUUAACAUUGAGGUCGAAGACGUAGCUGAGGAUAAUGCUCACCUUGGAAAGAAGGCAAGACUCUGGGCAAAGAAGCGAGUUGAGCGAGAGUCUUCCAUCCUCGGAGAUGCCGACGAAUACUCUGUUCUCCCUGCCGACUUUAUCAUCCCCCACGAAAACAACUAUUCUACUCCUCCGCCGUUGAUGAGUGUUACGCUGCGAUCCCUGGAGCUGCUCGCUCCCGCCAACUCUAUCCAGGCUACGCCUUUCGCCAAGUCAGCUUCUCUCGCGGGCUCCAACACCAAGGACCCUGAACUUCUCUCGUUCCCCGCCAACAUCAACUUUGGUGUUUCGAUUGACGGAUUUACUCCUGAGAACUUUUCGUUCUCGCUCUCUUACGAUAUAAGCUUUGUCACCGCGCAUCCAUGCUCGCCAUCGCAUCGCGUUCGCUUCUUAAAGUCUCCAUCUAGUCCAACAAUUCAGCAAAUUGAUGUCUCUGGUUCCGAUAUGCUGGGCAAGAGCUCUCGCCCGGCACACAGGACAGGACAUCCCUUACACAAGUGGUAUAACUACACGGUUAUGCACAUCUCGGAACUCCUGAAGAGACAGCAGGCUCCGCUCUCGGAGCUCCUUGCUGUUCCUCAGACUCACCGUCGCUCACCUUCGCGAAUGGGUAGCGAGCGUGUUCUUGUAAUCGAUUGCAUCACCAACCUAGCCGAGGUUCCUCAGUCUCCGACCAUAGAGAGACUCACUUCAAAGUACAACAUUGUUCAGCGACGAGGCAGUUUCCCUGCCGCGGAGCAGAUGCACUUUGAGUCACGAAAGCGACAGUUUGGCUCGGACAUGGAAAUUUUGGUCCGUGCCCUCUGUGCUCAAAAAGGCUGGAAUGCCAUCAUCAGCCGGCGCAAGAGAGGAUGUCUGGCCUGCGCGAUUCGCGAGGCCGGGGCGUUGCAGUGGAAGGUCAUCAUCAGGGUGGAGUAGGUCGAGUCCCUAUUCUGACUUGGCUACAAGCAAAGUGCAUGUUUCGGCGUUUCUACUAUGGGAUUGUUUUUGGAUUUUUGGCGCGGGACUGUAUGGAACUGAGCGCAUGUUAUGGGACUGACUAUGGGUUAUGGGUGGAUGGAUUGUGAUGAUCUGAUGUAUUGCUGAUGUUGUCGACGCAAAUUUUGGGAGGAUACCCGUUGUCAUGUAUAUACACGCUCAUGAUGCAGCGGCGUCUGUGUCGACCAUUGUGUUACGCUGCCUGGUGCAAUCCCCUCUCGUAACAGGCCCCGUCGAGGGCUCUAUAAAAGAUGAUAAGUGUAUCUCGAAUAAGUCAAUUGCUUCAAUC